CUCAUAGGUCGCAUACAGGGAGCGGGGUGGGGGAUAGUCAACUAGGAGCUGUAAGGUUCAACAGAUACUUCCAAACUGGAAAGACGUCGGUGGAAGGAGGACGGUACAGUUUUGUUGCGGCCUGCAAUUUGGCUUGCUUUAUAGCAGGCUGUUUAAGCAUUUAAAAAGUGCAAAAUGAAUAUUGCAUGUAAAAAGGAGGUCCAACAUUGGGCAAGCAGGCUAAUAGCAAUGUGUGUUGGUUAAGGCUCUAAUCAUAUGCUUGGGAGUAAACCUCAUUGAGUUCCUACUUCUAGUGAGACAUGUAGCAAAUCGGCCUGUAGUAUUUAUAAUCCUUUCAUUGAAGCAGAGAGAAGUUCUAUGAAGUUGAUUUGCAUGGAACAGUUCCUUGAAGACAAGUCUGUACCUAUUAGUUUUCAAAACGACAUUGGUGGUGCUGUAUGUGCAGAGGUGCCUUGAGAAGGACAGCCUGCUGCAUACUCCAAAGCUGGGACUGUGGAAUUUCUACUGAUUCCCUAUUGUGCCCAGUGUCACUGCUGUGGUACUCAGGACUUCACCUGAAUGUUGUCAGAACCUGCAUAUGGAGUAAUUUAGAAGAAAGUGGCGAGAGAGGCUGGCCUGAGCAACGCGGGCGGAAGAAACUUUGCGAGCGCGCCGGCACUCCGCCUCUUCCUGGGCAAGCGCUCGGGCUGCCGCGCUCAGGAUUGCGAGCUCCGGGAACGAGGCGUGCUUGGCGAUGGCCGCGGAGGGCCGCUGGUGCUACCGCGGCGACCCCCAGGAGGGACACAGCGCUCCGCUCGUCCAGUUUACCAAUGGAAAAUUAAAGAGUACUAAAAGCAUGAGUUUCACCCUGUAUAAACACAAAGACACCAGUAAUCCAAGGAAGAAGCAUAGGGUCAUCUUGAAUGCAGAAACAGAUAGGCUCUCCUACGUUGGAAGUAACUUUGGUGUUGGUGCCCUGAAAUGUAAUACUCUCUGCAGAUACUUCAUUGGUGUGUUAGAUGAGAACUCCAGACAAAUGGAUGUCUAUAAUGCAGAGUUAUUCAACAUGCAACCAUUGGUUUCAAAUAAUGUAGCUGAUGAUGACCUGUCUGAAUAUUUGACUAAAUCCUACAGAGAAAAGGUAGAUUUGUGCAUUGAAACCUUUGGCACCAACAAGCAGAGGAAAGCUCUGAACUCACGGAGGAUGAAUAAGGUUGGGAAGGAGGUGUUGAAUAAGGCCGUGACCAAAGUAGCAGAAGACGUUAUAGAGACAAAAGGCGUCACUGCUUUGGUCAGUGACGCAGCAGAGAAGGACGAAGUCUCCUUGAUUCUUCCCCCCUGCCAUGAAGAUGCUGACAAACCAGAGGAUGUCUACAAGUUUGAGGACAUUAUAUCACCCGCUGAAUAUGAGGCACUUCAGGCUCCAGCAGCUGCUUUCAUGAGCAUCACCUCAGCGGACAUCCUCAAGAUGGAGGAAGAGAAAAGCCACUGCUCCUUUGUUCUGAAUGAACUGAAGUCCAUGCCUCUGGAUGAGAAGAGAUGUGACCACAAAGCCCGAUGUCUCUGGUUUUUUGAUAGCCUUGUCAAGCUGAGCUCACAAAAAAAUGUUAAAAAGAAAUAUGCACUGGGACCUGAUUGUCCUCACAUCAUCAGCAACAAGCUUGUGAAAACCUUCACGGCACUGGCCUAUGCCAAUGGCAGGAUUCAGAAUCAGGUUUCUGCCUCUAUGAAAGUUAAGAUAACAGCAUAUGCUAUAGCCUUGGCUCUGCAUAUUAACAAUUUCCAAACAGACCUGACGGUGUUGCAGCGGGAUCUGAAACUGCGGGACAGCAGGAUACUUGACAUCGCCAGGGCGAUGAGGCUGAAGAUCACCAAAAGCAAAAGCCUCUUUGGACUUGAGGAACACAAACUGGGGACACUCUCCUUGCCCUUACCUGUGUACAAGGUGCCUCCAAGAAGCAGGAAGCGAAAGAUGAACUAAAUGGCUACCAUGGUCCCUAUUGGCUACCAUAUUUUUUAUAGCCAUGAAGUCUGUAGACUAAGCAGCUUUUUGGAUUGGACUGGUAAACAUUGGGAAAAGCGGCAUGGCUACUUGCUCUUGUACAGUGAAGUUAUUUAGCUUUUUUCUUGUGGAAGAUUAACAGAGUUCUGCCCAAGCACAGACCCAGCCUACAUCUUCCUUGGAUUGCCUGUUUCAGGUCCUGACAAUUUGAAAGAAUAACUAAUUUUUGUGACUAAUGCAGAUUUUAAUCUCAGUUGGUAUCUUUCAUUUAAUGUAGUCAUGUGGUGAUCCUGCCAUCAGCACAAUUUGCAUUAAAAUACUUAAAAUGCAA